AUGAGAAGGUUUCUCCUGGCAUUGAGUUGUCUCUUGAUUGCCCUGGCAUUGACCGGCUGUGGUGCAGCUGCCGAGUCCCAAUUCAGCACGGCCGCGGACUCUGUCGCUUCCUUUACGGAGUCGGGCAGGGCGAUGCCUGCAAUGCCUGCCGCCGCCGCCCCGCAAAUGGCUCGGGAAGUCGUGGUGGAGAAGGAAAUGCUAAGGGAAAUGGAGGUACCGGCGGAAGCUUUCAUGGCGGAAGAAAGCGCCGAGAUGGACUCAGCAGCCACCGAAUCCAUGUCAGAGUCACUGCCUACCCUUGAAGAAGUCCAGGCAUCAGUCGCUGCACAGGAACGAAUUAUCGUUCGCACGGUGGGUAUGGGCCUCGUCGUGGACAAUGUGGCCGACACCGUCGACCGUGUCGGAACGGUUUCCCAGAAUCUGGGGGGCUGGACUGUAUCAAGCGACCGUAGCGCCAUUCACCAUGGAAGUGUUUCUGUAAGGGUACCUGCCCAGCAACUGGAUGAGGCUAUUCGCCAAAUCCGUGCCCUGGCGAUUCGAGUCGACUCCGAAUCGUCGACCAGCCAGGAUGUCACCGAUGAGUACGUGGACAGCAGUUCGCGCCUGCGCAGCCUGCGGGCCACCGAACAGUCCCUGCUGAAUUUGCUUACCCAGGCCGACGACGUUGAGGAUGCUCUCGAAGUGCAACGAGAACUGGCCCAGCUACAGGCGCAAAUGGAAAGCCUGGAAGGGCGCAUUAAGUUCCUCCAACAGACCGCCGCAUUUUCCCUCAUAAACGUCAGAUUGAGCCUUGCUCCCAAGUCCAUGCCAGUGGAAGCCGGCCCCGACCAGACCUUCAGCGCGGGCCAGCCAGCCAGGUUCCGGGCUACUUUCAAUCCGCCCACUGAGAUUGAGGACUUCAACUUCAUCUGGGACUUCGGGGAUGGUUCCAAGGUGGAGGGAACGGGCAGCGCUCCUACCACCCAACCGGGCCAACGGGUUACCGCAACGGUCAACCAUGUCUUUGAGGACGACAGGGAUUCUCCUUACAUCGUUCAGUUGGAAAUUACCGGCACCGGCCAGGCCGGUAUAGUGGAGGGUUCCGACACCCUCAUUGCAACAGUUACCAGGAUCCCGACUAUCGAGGUUUUUGCCGGCGAAAGACGAGUCGUGGAGGAAGGUGAGGAGGUCGAAUACAGCGGGUCCUUCACCAGGCCGGAAGGAUUGUGGGACAUCCAAUACCAGUGGGCUUUUGGUGACGGUUCCCCUUCAGUUAUCGACGCCCCCGAAGAUGGCGCCACCCGGGCGGUGGCAAUCCACACUUACGAAAAUUACCGACCUCAGGCCUAUGAAGUUACCCUGACGGUAACGGCCCAAAGUGAGGCCGGAGAGGUAAAGGGUUCAGGGUCGUUCCGCGUUGACGUGAGAGAAUCACAAGGGCUGAUAGCGGGCAGUUGGAACCUUGCCGCCUCGGCCAAAUGGGCCGUUCGUGCACUGUCAGCCGUAGCCCUGGCGAUAGUCAAUAUCCUGAUUUGGGUCGCCAUUUUCAGCCCGGUGUGGCUUGCCCUCGCCGCCAUAGGUUACGGUCUCCUUCGUUUGAAUCGUAUCCGGCGAGCCCGAAGGAACAACAGCCGUGCACUCCAGAACCUGGAAGAUAUGUCCCCGGGUGCCAGCGCAGUUUCCACCGCCCCGGAGCAGAGCUAA